CACUAUGAGUUUCGUUUAAAAUUUAUCGCACAUCUUACAAUUCUUUUCUCAUGUCAGGCAUGUCAACAGAAGCAAAACUUAUCUUCAGCAUAAGUACCAUCCUAGGCAUCAUGUUCGUUGGAACUGCUAUUUUCGGUCUCUGGAAGUGGAGAGCCAGCAAAAGAGAUAUAACUGAUAAAACAGGAGAAAUGUCUCCUGGAAAUGCAUGGAAAGAUCAGCUGAAGCAAAAGGACGCAUCCGAAUUUACACUGUUCAGUUUUAGUAGCUUACUUCUUGCAACUAACAACUUUGAUGCAACAAAUAAACUUGGCCAAGGAGGGUUUGGACCCGUUUAUAAGGGAAUGCUGAAUGAUGGAAAGGAGAUAGCUGUCAAAAGACUUUCCAGUAGCUCAGGCCAAGGCAUGGAGGAGUUUGAGAACGAGAUUGUUCUAAUAUCGAAACUUCAGCACCGAAAUCUGGUCAGACUCAUGGGAUGCUGUGUCGAAGGAGAAGAAAAGAUUUUAGUAUACGAAUACUUGUCAAACAAAAGUUUAGAUUCCUUUCUGUUUGAUUCAAAAAGGAAAGCAGAAUUCAACUGGGAUACACGUUUCCGCAUCAUUCAAGGGAUCGCAAGUGGGCUUCUAUAUCUGCAUCGCGAUUCUUACCUUCGAGUUAUCCAUCGAGAUUUGAAGGCAAGCAAUAUUCUCUUGGAUGAGAAAAUGAACCCAAAAUUUCGGACUUUGGGUUGGCACGGAUCUUCGAAGGCACUCAAGUUUUGCUAA